AUGGUUACCAUGACUAGAAUAGAAAUUGAUUUUCAGCGUUUGCUAUCACGUUGUGAAGCAAUGGCAUCAGAAAUUACAAGAACGGAUAAGCCAAUUGACUGGAGACUAGAAAGGUUUAUCGAUACGUUGUAUAACAAGUAUCUUGAAUUAGAAAAAUCCGGCAGCUACUCCGGACCUCAAAGUAUCACUGAUUAUACUAAGAGAAUGAAUUUCUUGAAGUGUUAUGUUGAAAAUGAAAAGUCACGAAAAAGAACAAGUGAAAUCGAACAACCGACUACAACAGCCCGAUAUCUACUUAACGGUGAUAGUCAUCCUGACGAAAAUGGAAAGAAUUUACACUAUCUUGCAAGAUCUAAAUAUCAUAAAGAUAUGAAGGAGGAGUUAUUUUCCAAAGACAUCAAGAAAAAAAAUCCAUUACCAGGCCAAGAAGAAGCGUCAUUAAGAAAGAGGUUACUGGGUGAUGAAAACUCUACCGACGAUAAUGUUGAUGACGAUGCCUUAUUAAAAUACCACCGCGCCAAUCAUGAAAAGAUAACUGAAGAAAUGGCUGGUAUGGCCAAGAGCUUAAAGCAAACUAGUUUACUAACGCGUGCUAUAAUUCAAGAAGAUAAUAAGAAUCUUCAAUCAAUAAAUAAAACUGCUGAUUCCAAUUACGAAAGAUUAAAGGUAGAAUCUGACAGACUUUCAAAGCAUGUAAAAAAGCCGUGCGCAUGGUGGUUAUGGAUUAUGCUGGCUUUUGUAUGCUUUAUAUUCAUAUCUAUGAUUGUUUUCAUUCGCAUCUUUCCUAAAAGGCGUUAUUAA